CUCCCAUUGGCGACAGGAUUCGCCCUCGACAUCGCGCCGGCAAAAUGAAGUGCCAGCAGUAACGGCCCGCGGUUUCGACAAAAGCUCAUUCAACACACCUGCUGCCUAGAAAUCGGACUUGUGCGCCCUUGGUGUCGGCGUGGCAUACUCAACCACUAUGGGCUCAAAAUCGAACUAUGCAAUGUCGAAACUUAUCAAAAUAUGGCCGAGACCAUUCAUCGAAGAGCCCUUCGCGGUCCCCGAUAUUGAAGCAAAGAGUUCGGCAACACCAUGGGUUACAUUCUGCCUCUUCGUACUCUCAGUGGUCGGAUCCGCGACCCAACUUGUCGUCGCAACCAAUACGCCGUGGUCCAUAGUCACUACAGUGCUUUGGGUUGCCGCAGGGCUCUAUAUUGCAGUAUGGCGCCCCAGGAUUGGCUCGAUAUUUCUCUUUCUCGACUUUGUGGCCAUCUUGACCUUGGGAAUAGGCUUAAUUGCCACUCACUUCUACGAAAAUCUGGGGAGCAGGAAUGCGGUACUUACAUACUGCAGUGCGGGACUCGCGGCCACUGCCACUACCGUCGUGGUCAAUAUGCCGCUACGUGACCCAGUCCUAGGUUGCAACGAGAUUGGUCGUCCCUUCACCACACCUUCCCAUGCAUUCCGAUCUCCUGAAGACAGCUUAACGCUGCUGCAGUGGAUGACAGUAUCUUGGUUGUCACCUCUGAUUAAGAUCGGGAAUAGGAGACAACUUCAUGACGAAGAUGUCUGGGUCCUCCCCUAUGAGUUUCAACACCGACAUCUGCAUGACGCUUUCCGCGAGCUUAAGGGCACCGUUGUCAAAAGGCUCCUGAAAGCAAACUGGAUUGACCUGGUCCUUCUCACAAUCCUCGCAAUCGUCGAACUGGCUGCCAACUACUCCACUCCCAUGAUCCUCCAAAAGCUUCUGCAGGUCAUGGAAACGAUAGCUGUUGACAAACGACUCGCAGUCAUGUACGCGAUGCUCAUGCUUGUGGUGAGAGCCAUGGCCGCUCAGAGUGCAGUCUUUAGCCUGUGGUUUGGGAGACGUUGUUACGAAAGGUCUCGUGGCGAGAUGAUCACCAUGUUAUACGAAAAGACGUUGAAUCGGAAAAUUCUUGGUGGUUUGCCUCAGCAAGCUGAGACCCAGCUGGAGUCCGCCGUCGAAGUCGCGCCAGACACUCCCGAUGUUGGAGAAGCUAGUCCAUUGCCCGAAUCCACAGGAGUCGUCAGCGGGCAAGUCGAGCGACCAAGAAGCUUCGCUCACCGCGCCCGAGAGGCGAUUCAAAAGGGAAAAUCCUUCAUUUCCAGAAAGCAUGCAGGCAGUGAGACGAAACCACCGGCAUCAAUGGGGAAGAUCCUCAAUCUGAUGCGAAAUGAUGUAUACGAAGUUGCGCAACGCUUCUGGGAAUUUCAAACUCUGAUCAACAAGCCGCUCGGUCUCCUGCUCUCCGUCUUUCUCAUAUGGCAACUCCUUGGGUGGUCCUGCUUCGUCGGUGUGGCAGUAGUUAUUAUUGCACAGAUUUUCAACUAUGUCCUCGCCCGCAUCCUCAUCGGCUGGGAAAGGGAACGGCGCAAAGUUACCGACAUUAAACUACAGAAAAUCAGUCAGUAUGUCGAGGCCAUAAGGCAUCUGCGAUGGUACGGGUGGCACCUCACAUGGCUUGAUGGCGUCAUGACCGCCCGGCAGAAAGAGCUCAACUUGAGAAUCAUCACCUUCCUGUUGAAUUCUGCCAUCAAAUUUCUGAACUCAUUCGCCAGCGGCAUGCUCCCGGUAGCCACAUUUUAUGCCUACACAAUCGCCGCAGGACAAGAGCUGCGUGUCGACAUUGCUUUCCCGGCACUGCAGCUUUUUUCCCUUCUGCAGAGCAACAUUCGAGAGAUACCAACGCUGAUCACCGUCUUGCUGAAUGCCUCGGUGGCAGUAGGACGGAUCUCAGAGUUCAUCGCUGAACCCGACAAAAUUGACGAAGUGGACACUCAAGAGUAUAUGGAUGAUCGAUUAGAGCUGCACGAUGCCUCCUUUUCAUGGCCCGGUCUUACGGGUAAAGUGAUCCAUGAUCUCAAUCUCUCAUUUUCCCGGGGGCUGACUGUUAUUUUCGGCCCCGUGGCAGCAGGCAAAACUGCCUUACUACAGGCUCUUCUCGGGGAGCUUGAUCUGCGUCAGGGGAGACUGAUGAAGCCACAAGCACCAGUCGGUUAUUGUGCACAAACACCGUGGCUGCAAAGCAUGAGCAUCCGGGAAAAUAUCCUGUUCAAUUCGGAAUAUGACGAUGGCCGGUACAAGAAGACCUUAGAAGCGUGUGCCCUUCUUCCAGACCUUGCCAAUUUCAAGUACGGUGAUCUUUCCAACAUUGGAGAGAACGGCAUUGGUUUAUCUGGCGGCCAAAAAGCUAGAGUUGCUCUUGCGAGAGCAGUGUACAGUCGAGCGCAAAUUCUAUUGCUUGAUGACCCCCUCAGCGCCCUGGACCAACAAACGGCCGAAUGGAUUGUCAAAAGAUGCUUAUGCGGCAGUAUAAUGGAGGGUCGUACCGUCAUUCUCGUAACUCACCGGACCGACCUUUGUCAACACGUCGCAUCGCAGCUGAUCGAAAUCGUUGACGGAACAGCAUUGCUGCAUCGGAACGAUGAGGAACUGUCCAAAACCACGUCGGCAACAGCACCAGAGGCAGAACCGGAUGAGGCCGUGAGCAAUGUCGAAACAAUCGAUGAAUCCGCCGCGAUACCGGAAAAAUUCGUUGAAGACGAACACCGAGCCCAUGGUGGAGUGCAGCUUCAAGUCUACUGGGAAUAUAUCAAAGCUGGGACACUGAGAUGGUGGCUCAUGGUUGUCUUGACGGCUGUCGUUUGUCGCGUCACAUACGUGAGUGAAAGUUGGUUUCUAAAAGAAUGGGGAGAAGCAUACAACAAAGCCAAACUCUGGUUUCUGGCCCUGGAGGGGUUUGACUUCGAGGUGCAUCUCCUUGAAAGUCCAAUCUCAGGUCUGUUCGACAGGUUUCCGGACCCUGCUGUCAACGUCCGACCUUGGCUUCUCGGCUUUCUGAUCAUCGUGGUCUGCGAGACCCUGGGACUUAUGCUUUCCCAGAUGUCCAUGUUGGUCGUCACAUACUCUGCUGCGCGUCGAAUGUUCAAGGUCGUCAUGGAUCGUAUAAGCAACACCAGCUUCCAAUUUUAUGACGUGACGCCGGUUGGGCGAUUGAUGAAUCGAUUGACCUCUGAUAUGGGAACCGUCGAUGGCAAUAUCGCCGAGCUGUUCCUGAUAGUCAUAUGGUAUGCCGUCGCUUGGAUCUCCUCCAUGGUCGUCAUUGCCAGCAUUACGCCGAUCUUUCUGGCAUUCGCCAUUUCGCUAACCCUGGCUUUUGUGCUGAUCUUCCUUCAAUUUCUACCGACCUCGCAAAGCUUGCGACGGCUUGAAAUGGUCUCUUUGACCCCAUUGAUGUCAAAUUUCGGCGCAUUGCUGAACGGGCUGAUGACCGUCAGGGCUUUCUGUGCACAGUCACAAUUUCAGGAAAGAAACAUUCAGGUCACAGACGCAUUCCAGAAGAUGGACCAUUUUUAUUGGAGUUUGCAGGCCUGGCUUAUGUACCGAUUCGACACCCUGUCGGCAGUCUCCACGUUUCUCUUGACUAUGCUUGCAAUUUUCUCCAACCUCUCGGCCGGCUUGACCGCGUUUGUCUUGAUCUCAGCUAAUAAGUUUGUCCAGUCCACCCAUGCCAUUUGCAAAUCAUACGGGCAACUUCAACUCAACUUUGUGUCUGUUGAACGGGUGGUUGAAUUGGUCCAUAUCGAACAAGAAGCCCCGAGUUCGGUUCAACCGCCCGCUGCAUGGCCUACAUAUGGGAGCGAUAUCGUCUUUGAGGAUGUCACCAUUCGAUAUCAGCCUCAUCUGGAACCGGCAUUGACAAAUGUUUCGCUUCGGUUCAAGGGGGGAUCAACCACUGCCAUCACGGGUAGAACAGGGUCCGGAAAGUCAACUCUGGCCAUGGCGUUGCUAGCAACCAUCACUCCAGAGGGCGGUCGUAUCUUGAUUGAUGGCGUCGACGUCGCCAAAGUUGAUAAACAGCCGUUGAGAAGCAGAAUAACCUUCCUGGCACAAGAGCCUAUCCUCUUCCCUGGAUCUUUGCGUCACAACCUCGAUCCAUUGGAGGAACACUCCAAAUUUGCCUGUCAAUCCGUGCUAUCAAGAGUUUGCGGAAAGUAUGGAUGGACUCUUGAGACGCAGAUCGACACUGGAGGAAGAAAUCUGAGUCAGGGGCAGCGACAAUUGGUUGGUCUUGCUCGAGCAAUACUGCGGAGAAGCGCAAUCGUCAUCAUGGACGAAGCCACAGCCAGUAUCGACUUGGACACAUCUGCUGAAAUACAGCGUGUAUUGAGGGAGGAGUUGCAGGAAAGUACAAUCAUCACCAUCGCUCAUCGGGCAACAGCAGUGGAAAAUGCCGAUUCUUGCGUUGUGCUUUCAGCUGGUCGUGUCCUUUACCACGGCCCGACUGACGGGGCUGGAGUCUGAAUCAAAAAUUGUUGGCGUCUAAUCGGAAGUUCGGCUUGGACGGGUAGAUGGACAUAGACAAAAUAGAGGAAGGAAUUGCUUUGGAGUUGUCGCACAAUCAGGGCCAGAUAACCUACGGUGAUCUUUUAACACUCCACAGGGAGAUGGUAAGCGUGUAUCACAU